CAUAUAGGGCGGGUCUGAACUGUGACAGGAUGAGACUGAGAACAGGGAGGAGGAGGAGGAGGAAGAAGAGAGAUGAGACAGUGGAGGAGAGCAGGAGCUGAGACAAAGCUAACAAGUCAAACUCCACUCUCACACAUCCACAAUGUUAGGGCAGUCUGUUGGAUGAACUGAGACAUCUUUUUAUUUCGGCCAACCACAGCAGGAGUGGGCUCCAUACCUGUAUCAGCACCAUGCCGGUGAGGAGGGGCCAUAUGGCUCCUCAGAACAUGUUCCUGGACACUAUCAUCCGCAAGUUUGAGGAACAAAAUCGAAAGUUCAUCAUCGCUAAUGCACAGGUGGAGAACUGUGCCAUUAUUUUCUGUAAUGACGCCUUCUGUGGGAUGUGUGGUUACACGCGGGCUGAGGUGAUGCAAAAGUCCUGCACCUGCAGUUUCAUGUAUGGACCUCACACGCGGCGGCCGGCGGUGGCUCAGAUGGCUAAGGCUCUGCUGGGAUCAGAGGAGAGGAAGGUGGAGAUUUCCCUCUACACCAAAGAAGGAGUGUGUUUCAACUGUGAGAUUGACGUGGUUCCGGUGAAGAAUGAACAAGGUUUGGUCAUCAUGUUGAUUCUCAACUUCGAGAUUCCCACUGAUUCUGAACCGACCCAGAGCCCACCUCCCACUGAGGUCAGCAGAGGGCAGCAUAUCCGAUGGGUGAUUGUGGACUGUGGGCUUCGCCUUCGCCUCUUCCUUCGCUCCCUCGGCUCCAGGUGGGGGAUUGUGUCAGAGGACAUAGAGCUGGGUUCUCCUCAUGCUGUGCUCCUUCCCCACGGUCCGGAGUCUGUCACCCUGGACCAACUGCCCACCCUCCCUGAGGAGCAGCAGGUUGAUGAGACGGAGGCCAGGUCACUGCUAUCGGAAAAGGAAGAGUAUGAGAAGGAGGUAGAGGAGGAGGAGGGGGAGAAGAAAGAAAAGUGGGGAGCUGAAAGAAAAGGAGAAAGAGGGAAUUUGGUGGGCAAUGGCCAGAAGAGUUACAGGGACACAAGAACCAAAGGAGGAGGAGAAGGGAGACAGUACAGGGAGGUGACCAGAGCUCCCACCUCUGCUCCUCCUGCUCUGGCCCUCCCCUUCAACUCAGCAUCUUCUGCAACACGAUGUGAUGGCAGCAGUGGGAGUUUGAAGCACACUUCCUCCUUGGACGAUAUGAAAACCUUCUGGGAAAAGAAGCUGCAGUUGAGACACAGCUGCACUGCCCCAGUGGUCACCAUAAGAAGGUCUAGCGGACAUGUUGGGACAUCAGACACUGACUCACGUUGCCGUACCAGCAGCCAGAGCCCUCCCAGUGAAAUCAGACCUCCAAACAAACUGGUGGACAGGACACAGCAGGUCACUGAGAAGGUCACUCAGGUUCUGUCUCUGGGGGCUGAUGUGUUACCAGAGUAUAAGCUGCAGACGUCCCGCAUCCAGAAGUGGACCAUCCUCCACUACAGUCCAUUCAAAGCUGUGUGGGACUGGUUGAUUCUGCUGCUAGUGAUUUAUACAGCAAUUUUCACUCCGUAUUCUGCUGCAUUUCUGCUGAGUUUUCAGGAGGAGGCGGCCAUGCAGGAAUGUGGUUACUCCUGUUCUCCCCUCAGCAUCGUGGAUCUAAUAGUAGACAUCAUGUUUAUCGUCGACAUCGUCAUCAACUUCAGGACCACAUACGUUAACUCCAACGACGAGGUGGUGAGCCAGUCCUGUCAGAUCGCCGUCCACUACUUCAAGGGCUGGUUCCUCAUUGACAUGGUGGCAGCCAUUCCCUUUGACCUCCUUAUUUAUCACUCAGGAGAGGAAGCAGUCAGGGGAGGUGCCGAGGGCGAAACCACCACUCUGAUUGGUUUACUGAAGACAGCUCGCCUGCUGCGGUUGGUCCGUGUUGCCAGGAAGUUGGACCGUUACUCCGAGUACGGUGCAGCUGUCCUUUUCCUCCUAAUGUGCACUUUCGCCCUCAUCGCCCACUGGCUGGCCUGCAUCUGGUAUGCCAUAGGUAACGUUGAGCGUGCAACGUCAGGUGGAAUUGGGUGGUUGGACAGCCUGGGCGACCAGCUGGGAAAACCGUACAACUCUUCCAUCGUCACAUCAGGUCCCACCAUCAGAGACAAAUACGUCACGGCUCUGUACUUCACCUUCAGCAGUCUGACCAGUGUAGGGUUUGGGAAUGUCUCACCAAACACCAACUGUGAGAAGGUCUUCUCCAUAUGUGUCAUGCUGGUGGGCGCUCUGAUGUAUGCCAGUAUUUUUGGCAACGUGUCUGCCAUCAUCCUGCGGCUCUACUCGGGUACAGCUCGCUACCACACUCAGAUGAUGAGAGUUCGAGAGUUCAUUCGUUUCCACCAGAUCCCCAACCCCCUGAGGCAGCGGCUGGAGGAGUACUUCCAACACGCUUGGACAUACACUAAUGGGAUAGACAUGAAUGCUGUGUUGAAAAGUUUUCCAGAGUGUCUUCAAGGAGAAAUUUGUCUCCACCUCAACAGGUCCCUUCUGCAGAACUGCACAGCUUUUAAAGGAUCUACUAAGGGCUGUUUAAGGGCUCUGGCCACAAGGUUCCAGACCACUCAUGCUCCUCCUGGAGACACCUUGGUCCAUGCUGGAGACCUGAUCACAGACCUGUACUUCAUCUCCAGAGGCUGCAUUGAGAUCCUUAAAGGAGACGUGGUGGUGGCUAUACUUGGUAAGAAUGAUAUUUUUGGGGAGUCCAUCAAUCUGGAUGCUCUGCCAGGAAAGUCGUGCGCUGAUGUCAGAGCCUUGACCUACUGUGAUCUGCACAAGAUAAACAGGGACGAUUUACUGGAGGUUCUGGACAUGUAUCCUGAAUUCGAUGAAUGCUUCUGGUCCAACUUGGAGAUCACAUUCAGUCUCAGUGAUGUUGAAAAUGAAGCUUCAGAUAUUCUGAGUGAAGAAGACUCAGAGAGUGACAGACUAAGUGGACAACAGACAAAACACACAGCCACCCACAAUGGUGACUCUGUCUCUGCAAAAAGAAGGAGAGCCACCUACAAAUGCAGAAGUGACAGCAGAGAUAAUUAUAAGCAUACACUAUAUGGCUCUGUGUUCUCGAGCGAUGACGAGCUGGGAGAUUUUGAGGGGAACACUCCAGUUCAGACUGUUGCUUCAAACAACAGCAGGAGCUCCAAGACCAACGUGUUCCCGGGAGUUUCUGGAAUCUUCACUAUUUGGGGUACAGACAGCCGAGGAGAACACAUGUAUCAGGAGGUGCCAAAAUCACCACCUCCUCCUCAAAGAAUCUCCCAUCAGCAACAACAGCUAUCCUCGCCUUCCCACCCUCCCUCCAGCCCUUCUCCUUCUCCUCCUCCUCCAGUCCCACCCCCACCCCCUCCUCUGACCACCAUCAUUUCUGGAAGGCAGAAAAUGGUAAUAGAGAGCAAACUGGAUGCACUAGAGAAGCAGAUAACCAGGUUGGACUCCUGUUUAUCUGAAGACAUCAGGACCAUCAUGCAGCUGCUGCAGAAGCAAACACUAGUCAUUCCACCUUCUUACAGCACCCUGACAUCAAUACCAAAUGCAAUAUCCACGCCCAUCUUGUCACCAAUGUCUCCAUCUGUCCCCACCACAGACAAGUCUCCAUCUGAAGUUGCCCAGCAGCAGCUGUCAAAUGCAGAACUCAAACUUUCGGAGUCUGAUUCCAUCAACUGUGUAUCCCCGGGUCUCAAUUUUCCUCCCUCGCCGUCUUCUGUCGAUUCUUAACCUUUUUAUACAAUAUGUCUUUCGAGUCACUUCUACCUCCAGCAUAUCCAAAACACUUCCAGCAUUCCCACCUUCCUCAAACCCUGUGCAAUAUUUUAACUCUGUAUUCAAAACAUACAACUGUGUCAGCAAAAAAAUAUAAGCAAAAUAUAUCACUAAACUGAUAAAUAUAGUCAGGAAGAGAGGAUAUGAUUUGUCAAAAAAUUUGCAAAAAACAGCUUUAGUAUAAUUAUUUGCUUUCCUGGGAAUUUUGUAAUGAUUAUUAAUGUAGAUUCGCUGCAGCUAGAUCAUGCGAGAGUGAUGUGCAUGUUUCAGAAAUUGAGAGGCAGAUGCUUGGGAUUAAAAGAAUAAGAAAAAUACACAUUUUAUUGACAUUGUACAUAUUGCGAAACAAAAUAAAACUAUCCUCAGCAUUUAUUCUAUCACUGAGACAGGACAUGCGGUCAACAUUUUACCGUGCCGUGUCAGCAGGGGGAGUGCUUGGGUCUUGCAUAGUGCACCAGAGCCCAGCCGGUCGUGGGUACCGGCUGAAAAGAGACACAAAGAUUAAGUGGACGUUUUAAAAAAUCUGUCAGAUUUUGAAAAUAGACUAAAGCUGCGCUUUAGUUCAAAACAUAAGGAAAAUAAAGAAGACAUUAACCAGCAGAUCUGUCUUUCUGUCCAACCACUACGGCAUGUCUUCAGUCUACCAAUAUAGCCUGUUCACCAAUCAAGU